CGGAACCCCAGGUUUGCGGGGUUGCCAUCCGCGGGGUUGCCGUCCCGUUAUCCAGGAUCCCCAAAUCCAGGGCGAUACAAGGAGAACCAUGUGUGUAGUACUCCGUACUAACGAUACCAACAAACUGAUAAUCCCUUCCCAUUCCAUUGCAACCCCGGGUUUGUUCUUGCUUCUUUUCCCCACCACCCUCGCAUACUGCCACGAGCGCAUGCAUCUGUCACGGUGGGUCGCAGGCAGCCUCAAAAGAUAAGCGACUUGAUUCCCGUACUUCAUUCAACGUCUCGUCACCGUCUCCCUCUAGCCCAAACGCUGUUGGAGCAUCACCAAAGAACACCAGUCCGUACCUCCCAUCGCCAAGAUGAAGAAUGAGGUGUACGAAGGGAGUCCGCUGGACACCCCGGACGAGGCCUUGGGCGGCUCCCAGAUCGUCGACGGCGUCAUCUCGCUGGAUCGCGCUGAGCAACUCCAACGCGGUCUCAAGAGUAGACACAUUCAAUUCCUGGCCCUCGGUGGCGCCAUCGGGACAGGACUUUUUGUCGGAUCCGGAGCGAUCCUCGCCAAGGUCGGCCCGGCACCGUUAUGGCUCGGCUAUGUUUCCAUGAUGAUGGUGGUCUGGAUCGUCAUGAACACCAUUGCCGAGAUGACGACAUACCUGCCCUUGAAGGGCAUCACGCUGCCCUACUUCACCAACCGCUACGUCGACAGCAGCCUCGCGUUUGCCUCGGGGUGGAACUACUGGUACGCCUAUGCCAUCUUGGUCGCGGCCGAGGCCUCGGCGGGCGCCAUCCUGCUCGAUUACUGGGACACGCCAGUCCCCGUAGGCGUGUGGAUCACCAUCAUCCUCGUAGUCUGCCUCGUCCUCAACAUCAUCGCCGUCGGGAUCUUUGGCGAAGCCGAGUUCUGGUUCGCCAGCAUCAAGUUCAUCACCAUCAUCGGACUGAUCAUCCUGGGCAUCGUCAUCAUGGCCGGCGGCGCCCCCCAGGGCGGCGCCAUAGGGUUCCAUUACUGGAACGACCCGGGCGCCUUCAAGGAGUACGUCGGGACGGGCGCGACGGGGCGCUUCACCGCCUACUGGACCGCCUUCGUCCGCGCCGGCUUCAGCUUCAUCACCUCCCCCGAGCUCAUCGGCCUCGCGGCCGGCGAGACGGUCGCGCCCCGCCGCAACAUCCCCAAGGCCGCCCGCCGCUUCCUCUACCGCCUCGCCGUCUUCUACGGCGUCAGCAGCCUGAUCAUCGGCGCCAUCGUGCCGUCCGACGAGCCGCGCCUGCUCUCGGAGAAGUCGGACGCCAGCGCCAGCCCCUGGGUCAUCGGCAUCCAGCGCGCCGGCAUCCGCGGUCUGAACCACGUCAUCAACGCCGCCAUCCUGACCUCGGCCUGGUCCGCCGGCAACGCCUUCCUCUACUCGGGCUCCCGCGUGCUCUACUCGAUGGCCGCCACCGGCCAGGCGCCCGCCUUCUUCGCCAGGACCACCCGCCGCGGCGUCCCCUACGCCGCCGUGCUCGCCACCUGGGCCGUCGGCCUGCUGGCCUACCUCAACGUCUCCCAGAACGGCGCCCAGGUCUUCCUCUGGUUCAGCAACAUCUCGACCAUCUCGGGCUUCAUCGGUUGGAUCGUCGUGCUCAUCACCUACCUGCGCUUCCGCACCGCCAUGAAGGUCCAGGGCCUGUUGCACACCCUGCCCUUCAAGACCAUCGCCCAGCCGUACGCCGCCUGGGCCACCCUCAUCCUCAUCUCGCUGCUCACCCUCACCAACGGCUUCCAGGUGUUUGCCCCCUGGAACUACGCCGACUUCCUGGCCGCCUACAUCACCCUCCCCAUCUUCCUGGCCCUCUAUCUCGGCCACAAGCUGUGGUUCCGGACGCCCAUCUGCCGCAGGGCGCGGGAGGUUGACGUCCUCACGGGCAAGAAGGAGAUGGACGAGCUUUGUGCCGACGACCGCCCGCCGGUGCCCAAGAACUUUUUGCAGAGGGUGUGGUUCUGGCUCGCGUGAGCACCUGUAUAGACUGUUUUGGCAUAGCAUUUGGCUGCCAGCGCAGCGUUUGUUAUAGAGAGUGUGUCACGAGUUGCUUGGGCGAUAGACGGAACGGACAUAACCACUGCGUAGCUAUGGUGUCACCGACUAUAACCUCCGCGAGUCGUCUUUAGCUAGACUUACACUUUAACAAGCAAGAUUUUCAGCAGACUUGGACAACACGCUAAAUAGUGUUCCGAGUAUACCCUUUGC